AGACUGAACUUCGGUUAUUUCAGCAGGAUCCACCGUUGAAGUGAAUUCCAUGAAUUUCCAUGAAAUUUGAAGUCCUCACAGCAAAGACAUGACGAAUCUGAAGGGGAUGCUGCUCCGUGGAUGUACUAUCACGUGUCUUUUAUUUUCAUUCUUCGUCGGGUCUUAUGCUGACGUUCAGACAAGUACAAGUACAUUACAUCAUCAUAUAAGCACCUCACGAGUGCUUCCUCCAAAUACUAGCUUUGAUGAUAGCCACUUAACAGACGCAGAAAACCGGGAAUCUACCGUAUAUGACUCUGGCACUUUCACAACCAUGACAACAGUGAUGGAUGAAGUGACUGACCAUGCUGCUGAUAACACCGAUGUCUCUAUUGAAAGCUGGGCCUGGUACCCGAUGACCUGGCCUUGGCAUUCGAUUCUCCGCCUGAAUUCCGCCAUAAUUGGCAUCAUCGGUAAUUCAGUCGUAAUCCUCGUCGUUUUCAAUCGUCGGGUCUCCAAGAACUCCACCGACAUCUUGAUCGGAUCUCUGGCAGUGGCUGAUCUGUUGUCUUCGAUAGCAAUCGUCCCCGUCCCUCGUGUCAAGUACGUCCCUUCAACAUGGCUUGGUGAGGUCUACUGCCGAGUGGUCAACGGUCAGAUCUUCAUGUGGUUCUUCGUGACCGCUUCCAUCUUCACCUUAACUGCCAUUUCUGUAGAAAGAUACGUUGCCGUCAUUCACCCGUUCACGUUUCGGCGAAUCUUCUCCAUGCGACGGACAACAAUCUACAUCAUUAUCAUCUGGACGAUCUGUAUCAUCAAUUACGCAACCUACUUCUAUUUCUUCAUCAAGGUGCACGAACCGACCCACACCUGCCAGGUGCCCAAAGACCCGCCGUCUUUUCGGCUUCUUGGAGGGCUGUCCCAGGUCAUCUUCAAAUACAUGUGUCCUCUGUUCAUCAUGGUAAUCACCCAAGCAAUGAUCAUCGUAACCUUGCAUCGACAAGCGAAGCGCUUCAGGUCGAUGAACGAUUCCAAAGUGAAAACCACCCAUGCCGAGAAGUCUCACCAUGCGAAAGGAAAAGUCAUCAGAAUGCUGCUAUUGGUCGUCAUCACAUUCAUGGUGUGCUGGUCGCCUAGCCAAAUAUCGUUCCUCCUCUACAGCGCACAGAUCAUUGGUCCUGCCUAUCUCUACAGUCCGUUGAAUCGUAUUUUCACUGUCAUGGGCUUCUACAACUCUUGUGCAAACCCAAUCAUCUACACCAUAAGCAAUGCCGAAUUUAGACUUGCCGUCAAAAGCGUUCUGACGCGUAAAGGUAGCGAUAAAAUCUCGGCUUUCGGAAUCAAAUCAGAAACAGACAAUCCCGAUACUGCAAUGAGUUCAGUGCACGAUGCUUAAACACUUCAUUAACUUGAAGUUAUACUUUACUUGAUUAAUUAUAAUCAACACUGUAUCAUUGGCUGGGUAGCUAUGACAUGCGAUCCCAACCCACAUCAUUUGUACAGUUGCGUCCUAGAAAAAAAAUAAACGAAUCGAGAGUUAUCGAUGAGUUAACAUACACAAACAAAUACAACAGAUUACCUACAGUCUCAUUUGAAAGUUUAUUAUCUAUUCUUUCAUCUGGUAUAACUCAGAAGAUUCCUCAUUCCUGUAUGAGACAGUGAAUAAAAACAAUUUGAAUAAAGGAUACCAAAGUCCACUUGUCGGGGAGUAUCUGAAUUUCAAAAAGAAAUUCAUGUGUGUAAAAGGUUCAGUAUCAGCUCUUUAAUUUGAUACCUAACUCACAGAAAAUGGUCAAGAAAUAACAAACUUCUUUUUAAGAUAAUUUGUCUUUUGUAUUUGUGAUUAAGUGAUGAUAAAUCAUUGAAUUUUAGGUUUCGGUUUUCCUCGGACGCCUUUUAUUGGGAUUGCGUACGGUAUCACCACAGAUAAAAUUCAUAGAGAUGUUUCUAUAAUAAUAGGAGUUGCAUUAUCAUGUACUGUUGUAUAGCCAUGACCAACGGUGUUCAUGAGAGUGUAUGACUUUUUUCUUGACAGCAUAUGCCCCACAAUUUCGCUCUCUUUUGGCUAAAAUUGUUUAUUAUGUUUAUAAUGUAUAUCUUAUCUCUGUGAUCUACUUUUCCACUUAAAAAAAAAAUAUUGAAGUACACUCAUAUUGCUUCACAUUUAAACGGAAUUAAACAUAUGAAUCAAACUCACAAGAACAAGCUAAAAUUGGCACCUUCAACAAGGUCAAGACAGUACAUUUUACACCUUUAUGGUGUGCAUUUGGGUUGCAGCUAAUAAAGAUGUUGAGAUGUUUUAGAGUGUGCAUGUCGUAUUCACUCACUGCAUGUGUUACUGUGUUUUACUAUAGUGGUAUGAAAAUGUACAAAAUUGGUUCGAUUUUCACAACGUCUUGUUGAGAAAUAUAUAUAUAUUACCCAAUAUUUUGCUAAUGACGUUUAGAUGAAAUGAAUGAAUGUAAAAAUUAUUAUUGAUUCUAGGUUUAAUUAUUGGUUAUCAAGUAAUCCCGUGAAACAAGCGAAAUUAUCUAUGGUAUUUUGGUUGUUUGUAUCUACUGUACAUGUACAAUUGAUCUAUAUAGGCCUACAUGAAGCAUGUAAUUCAUUUUCUAGAUUUUUUAUUUUCUAAUAGUUUAUUUUGUUAUUAUUGCGCUUAACACGAUUUUUCUCACUAUUAUAUCAACAGUACAGUACACUUGUAUCCAUGGCAUUAAAUACAACUGGUCAUAAUGACUUUUUUAUUUGCAUAAAAUGACAAAGGAGUCAAGUCUCUAAACAUAAUGGUCGCCCCUUUUAUUAAUACCUAAUUACAAAAAUAUAUUUUGUAAAGGUCUUUUUCUAUCAAAAAAAAAAUAUUCAAAACAUCCUUCUAAAAACGUGGGUACUUGUGUGGUCAUAGAUUGCACUAAACUGCACUGUAAAAAUAAAAACAUGGUGGGGUUUUUUUUGGUCGAUUUAAAUGAUAGACAAUUCAAAUAUUAUGAGUGCAUUUUUCGAUUAUUUUUUGAGGAUUUUUUGUGAAACGUAAGUCAAAGUUUCAGAGAUUUCAGAUUGAAUAUUGAUUGUAAAUGUUGUGGAAAUAAAUGGAGGUGUAUGGGAUCGA